GUGGUCUUAGUUGUUCCUGAAAAUGGACGGACGAAAGAACAUUUGGCAAAGUCAUUUUUAUACAAUUCCUAGAGCGUAUAUGAGCUUGAUUGGGAUCUGGCCCUAUCAUACAUUUCGCGACAGGUGUUUGCUUUUUGUGCCAAUGUUCGCGUUUUCUAUCACUAUCCUUGUGCCUCAAUUACUGUAUCUUCUAAUCGCCGCGGCGGAUCUCGACGAUGUGUUCUCAUGCACUCCGUCGAUGUGGAUCACCAUAAUAUUCAGCUUUAAAAUAGGGUGGUUGAUGAUAAACAACAGGAAAUUGAAGACCUGUCUUAAGACGAUGGAGGACGACUGGUUGUCAUUGACUACGGAUACAGAAAGGGACAUUUUACGACGGCACACGGCAUACGGACGAUACAUCACGCUGACAUACGGAGUCUUCAUGCAAUGCGUAGGAGUCCUCCUCAUAACGAAGUCGCUCGUGGUGAUGUUGUUGGAGGAUACCUCAGACGCGACAGUGUCCUCCCUGGUGGCAGAAUCAAAACUACCCCUCCGCGUGGAAUACGGAGAAAAGUUGGACCAGUACUUGUAUCCGAUGGCGGUACAUUGUUACCUAGCCGUAUUCUCCCACAUCAGCAUCACGAUCGCAGUUGACUCUUGCUACAUCGCUUUAAUUCGGCAUGCGUGCGGAAUGUUCGCAAUUGUUGGACACACACUGGAACACAUUGGCAAAGACAGCGACAGCAAUUUCGAUCUGAAACCUGACAAGGUAAAAGAUGACAAUUACAACAGAGCUUUGGACUGCCUACGCAGGCACCUGCAUGUGAUACAAUUUGCAGAACUGAUCGAGUCUACGUUUACAAAUAUAUUCCUAGUCAGCGUUUGCUUGAACAUGAUCGGUGGCAGUAUGAUCGGCAUACAGGUGGUCCUGAACUUGAAUGACGCAAAGGAUAUCGUGGAACCUUUUGCUAUCUAUAUUGCGCAACUCAUUCAUCUCUUCCUGCAGUUUUGGCCUGCUCAAUUUCUUUCAGAUUACAGCAUCCUUCCUUACGAAUCAAUUUGCAGAUCAAAUUGGUAUUAUACUUCGGGGAGAUGUCGAAAACUUCUUUUCUUAAUCAUGAAUAGAAGCGUGCUACCAUGCAAAAUAACUGCUGGCAAGGUCGUGCCUCUGACUAUUCAAAGCUUUGGCACAGUUCUAAAAACAAUGAUGUCUUAUUUCACGAUGCUGCGUUCCUUCAAUUAAUGACUUCGAUACAUCUCUGCCAUUUGGCUUUUUAACAAAAUCAUAAUAUUCCUAUAUUUACUGGCGGAUUGCUAUAACUUCAGCGAGUAAGCGAUCUGAGUUACUUCAAAGAUACCAAAAAUAUACGAUAAAAAAUUAUGUUCUAAUAAAUCUCUUAUAACUUUUAUUUUAAUUGCAAAUG